GGCCAGCCCAGUGUGUGGGCGGCGGCGGUUGCAGAUUUUGCAGCGUGCGAGGCGAGGCUGCGGGGCCAAGCGAGGGGGGCGGCUGUUGGGCACGGGGCGGGGGGGCACGUCCACGUGGCCACGGGUGGCCACCCCGAGUCAGUCGCGGUGGAGGGACAGGCCUGUCCCUCGUUACAGCUGCUGGUCAUGCCCACUGUCUGCCUUCUCCCAUUGCUAUUCUUCACCAUAGGAGGGUGCCUGGGUAGCAGCAGGCCAUUUCGUACCUUUGUGGUAACAGAUACCACUCUGACUCACCUGGCUGUGCACCGAGUGACUGGGGAGGUGUUUGUAGGUGCCGUGAAUCGAGUUUUCAAGCUGGCUCCAAACCUAACUGAGCUACGGGCCCAUGUCACAGGGCCCAUUGAGGACAAUGCUCGCUGCUACCCACCUCCUAGCAUGCGUGUGUGCUCCCACCGCCUGGUGCCUGUGGACAAUGUGAACAAGCUGCUCCUCAUAGACUAUGCAGCCCGUCGUUUGGUAGCUUGUGGCAGCAUCUGGCAGGGCAUCUGCCAGUUCCUGCGUCUGGAUGACCUCUUCAAGUUGGGUGAGCCCCACCAUCGCAAGGAGCACUAUCUGUCAGGGGCCCAGGAGCCUGAUUCCAUGGCUGGCGUCAUUGUUGAACAGGUCCAGGGGCCUAGCAAGUUGUUUGUGGGCACCGCUGUUGAUGGCAAGUCUGAGUACUUUCCCACCUUGAGUUCCCGUAAGCUCAUCGACGAUGAGGACAGUGGAGAUAUGUUCAGUCUGUCCUGGCCCUGCUUCUUAGGAAAACUUUGGUUUGAGAGAGGAAUUUAUGACCCUUCACUGUCACAUAGAUGUAGACCAGCUGUUGAGGACAGGAAGAUGGGCAGAGUUUACCUGUGGAAAGUCUGUCUAUAGAGAGGCUAAGGUCACCUUGCACUCUGUGGCAUGGAAUCCAGUAAUUGUCCAGGUGUACCAGGAUGAGUUUGUCUCUUCUCAGAUCAAGAUCCCUUCAGACACAUUGUCCUUGUACCCUGCCUUUGACAUCUACUACAUAUAUGGCUUUGUCAGUGCCUCCUUCGUGUACUUCUUAACGUUGCAGCUGGACACCCAGCAGACGCUGUUGGAUACAGCAGGCGAGAAAUUCUUCACAUCCAAGAUCGUGCGCAUGUGUGCAGGGGACUCAGAGUUCUACUCUUAUGUAGAGUUCCCUAUUGGCUGCUCCUGGCGUGGUGUGGAGUACCGCUUGGUGCAGAGUGCCCAUCUGGCCAAGCCAGGCCUGCUAUUGGCCCAGGCUCUGGGUGUGCCAGCCGACGAGGAUGUCCUCUUCACCAUCUUCUCUCAGGGCCAGAAGAACAGAGCCAACCCACCUCGGCAGACCAUCCUUUGCCUUUUCACCCUCAGCAGCAUUAAUGCCCACAUCCGGCGCCGAAUCCAAUCGUGCUACCGUGGAGAGGGCACGCUGGCCCUACCCUGGCUACUGAAUAAGGAGCUGCCCUGCAUCAACACCCCUCUGCAGAUCAAUGGAAACUUCUGUGGGUUAGUGUUGAAUCAACCAUUGGGUGGCCUACACGUGAUUGAGGGGCUACCCUUGCUGGCUGACAGCACUGAUGGCAUGGCCAGUGUGGCUGCCUACACCUACCACCAGCAUUCUGUGGUUUUCAUCGGUACACGCAGCGGUAAUUUGAAGAAGGUGCGGGUCGAUGGCUCUCAGGAUGCCCAGCUAUAUGAAACGGUCUCUGUGGUGCAGGGCAGCCCCAUACUUCGAGACCUGCUCUUCAGCCCUGACCACCGACACAUCUACCUCCUGAGUGAGCCAACUCCCGGUGGAGACCUGUGAGCAGUAUCUGAGCUGUGCUGCAUGCCUGGGCUCAGGGGACCCACACUGUGGUUGGUGUGUGCUACAGCACAGGUGAGGGAAGAGGGUGUGGGAUGUGGGGCAGCAGUGGGCUCCCUGGGGCCAUUAUCUUGGGAGACAGAGGAUUUAGGAGGACCUUGCCAGCUGGACAGGAGCCAGCCACACUUGCUAUACUUUCCUUCACCCACCUGCCCAGUUUUUCCCAGCCUUGAGCCUUCCCCCCUCCCUUCUCCUCCACUUUCUCCAGCUAAUGAGCGGAACUUCUACCCUGAGUGACGUCCCUUGGAUCUCAGGGGAUGAGGCCAAGGUACACUGUUGCCUGGCAGUAUGAGCUGGGUAUGCUGUCUUCUGUCCCACCUCAGCCUCUUACUGCACCCCCAUCUGGGCCCUCCUGGGACAGUGCUCGGACUGCUCUGGCCUGUCUCCAUGCAGGUGCUGCCGUGAAGGGGCCUGUCCAGGUGCCUCUGCCCCACAUGGCUUUGCAGAAGAGCUGAGCAAAUGUAUACAGGUGCGGGUCCGUCCCAAUAAUGUGUCAGUGACAUCCUCUGGGGUGCAGCUGACCGUAGCCAUGCGCAACGUGCCAGACCUCAGUGUGGGUGUGAGCUGUUCCUUUGAGGAGGUGACUGAAAGUGAGGCUAUUCUGCUGCCCUCUGGAGAGUUACGAUGUCCUUCACCAUCCCUUCAGGAGCUCCAGACACUUACCAGAGGGCAUGGGGCCACUCAUACUGUGCGGCUUCAGCUGCUCUCCAUGGAGACUGGUGUGAGGUUUGCUGGGGUUGACUUUGUCUUCUACAACUGCAGUGCCCUCCAGUCGUGUAUGUCCUGUGUUGGCAGCCCUUACCCCUGCCACUGGUGUAAGUACCGUCAUGUGUGUACCAGCCACCCACACGAGUGCUCUUUCCAGGAGGGCAGGGUCCACAGCCCUGAGGUGAGGUGGUGCAGUGCACCGUGGAAGAGGCUGGGCUCCUUGGGGGCUGGCCUCUCACAUUUUUUGUUUGACCUCCCAUUUCCAUGGGCCUGGAGAAGGCGGGUAGACCAGUGUGCCUCUAACAAGUGUUCUCCUCCCAGGGCUGCCCUGAGAUCCUGCCUCAAGGGGACCUCUUGAUUCCUGUGGGUGUCAUGCAGCCUCUAACUCUGCGGGCUAAGAACCUGCCACAGCCUCAGUCCGGACAGAAGAAUUAUGAAUGCGUGGUCCGUGUACAGGGACGGCAACAUCGGGUACCUGCAGUGCGCUUUAACAGCAGCAGUGUGCAGUGCCAGAAUGCCUCGUACUUCUAUGAAGGUGAUGAGUUUGGUGACACCGAACUGGACUUCUCUGUGGUUUGGGAUGGAGAUUUCCCCAUUGAUAAGCCUCCUAGCUUCCGAGCCCUUCUUUACAAGUGCUGGGCUCAGCGGCCUAGCUGUGGCCUCUGCCUCAAGGCUGAUCCCCGAUUCAACUGUGGCUGGUGCAUCUCAGAGCACAGGUGCCAGCUGAGGGCUCACUGCCCAGCUCCCAAAAGUAACUGGAUGCACCCAAGCCAGAAGGGUGCCCGAUGCAGCCAUCCCCGAAUCACCCAGAUUCAUCCACUUACAGGACCCAAGGAGGGUGGCACCCGGGUCACCAUUGUGGGUGAGAACCUGGGCCUCACUUCCCGUGAGGUUGGCCUUCGAGUAGCUGGUGUACGUUGCAACUCCAUUCCCACCGAAUAUGUCAGUGCUGAAAGGAUCGUAUGUGAGAUGGAGGAAUCGCUGGUGCCCAGCCCACCACCUGGGCCUGCUGAGCUCUGUGUAGGGGAUUGUUCUGCUGACUUCCGCACACAGUCCCAGCAACUCUACAGCUUUGUGACCCCUACAUUUGACCGUGUGAGUCCCUCUCGGGGCCCAGCUUCUGGAGGCACUCGGCUUACCAUCUCUGGAAUUUCUCUGGAUGCCGGCAGCAGGGUCACAGUGAUUAUAAGAGAUGGCGAGUGCCAGUUUGUGAGGAGAGAUGCCGAGGCAAUCGUGUGUAUCUCACCUGUCUCCACCCUGGGCCCCAGUCAGAGCCCUAUCACCCUUGCCAUCGAUCAUGCCAACAUCUCCAACACUGGAGUCAUCUAUACCUACACCCAGGACCCUACGGUCACACACCUUGAGCCCACCUGGAGCAUCAUCAAUGGAAGCACCUCCAUCACUGUGAGUGGAACCCAUCUGCUGACAGUUCAAGAACCCCGUGUACGAGCCAAGUACCGUGGUAUUGAGACCACUAACACAUGCCAGGUGAUCAACGACACUGCAAUGCUAUGUAAGGCCCCUGGCAUCUUCCUUGGGCACCCUCAGCCUCGGGCCCAAGGCGAGCACCCUGACGAGUUUGGCUUCUUGCUGGACCACGUGCAGGCAGCCCGCUCCCUCAACCGUUCUUCCUUCACCUACUACCCUGAUCCCAGCUUUGAACCACUUGGGCCCUCUGGUGUGCUAGAUGUCAAACCUGGUUCACAUGUUGUAUUGAAGGGCAAGAACCUGAUCCCUGCUGCAGCUGGCAGCUCCCGCCUCAACUACACAGUGUUGAUUGGAGGACAGCCAUGUGCACUAACUGUCUCAGAUACUCAACUUCUGUGUGAUUCCCCAAGCCAGACAGGCCGGCAGCCUGUUAUGGUGCUGGUGGGUGGCCUGGAGUUCUGGUUGGGCACGCUGCACAUCACUGCUGAUCGGGCACUGACCUUACCAGCUAUGGUGGGGCUAGCAGCAGGGGGCGGGCUCUUGCUGCUGGCCAUCACUGUUGUGCUGGUCGCCUACAAGCGUAAGACUCAGGAUGCAGACCGCACACUUAAGCGGCUUCAGCUACAAAUGGACAACCUGGAGUCUCGUGUGGCCUUGGAGUGCAAGGAAGCCUUUGCUGAGCUGCAGACUGAUAUCAAUGAACUGACAAACCACAUGGAUGGUGUCCAGAUCCCCUUCUUGGACUACCGGACCUAUGCUGUGCGCGUGCUUUUCCCUGGCAUCGAGGCUCACCCAGUGCUCAAGGAGCUGGAUACUCCCCCCAAUGUGGAGAAGGCCCUGCGUCUAUUUGGACAGUUGCUGCACAGCCGUGCCUUCCUGCUCACCUUUAUCCACACUUUGGAGGCCCAGAGUAGUUUCUCCAUGCGUGACCGUGGUACUGUGGCCUCACUCACCAUGGUGGCCCUGCAGAGCCGGCUUGACUAUGCCACUGGGCUGCUCAAGCAACUGCUGGCUGACCUCAUAGAGAAAAACCUUGAGAGCAAGAACCACCCAAAGCUGCUAUUGCGCAGGACAGAGUCGGUGGCUGAGAAGAUGCUCACCAACUGGUUCACAUUCCUGCUGCAUAAGUUCCUGAAGGAGUGCGCCGGGGAGCCACUCUUCCUGCUGUACUGCGCCAUCAAGCAGCAGAUGGAGAAAGGUCCUAUUGAUGCCAUAACAGGCGAGGCCCGCUACUCCUUAAGUGAGGACAAGCUCAUCCGGCAGCAGAUCGACUAUAAGACCCUGACUCUGCAUUGUGUGUGCCCGGAGAGCGAGGGCAGUGCCCAGGUCCCUGUGAAGGUUCUUAACUGUGAUAGCAUCACCCAGGCCAAAGACAAGCUGUUGGAUACUGUGUACAAGGGUAUUCCAUACUCUCAGCGCCCCAAAGCUGAGGACAUGGAUUUGGAAUGGCGCCAGGGCCGCAUGGCCCGAAUCAUCCUCCAAGAUGAGGACAUCACUACAAAGAUUGAGUGUGACUGGAAGAGGGUCAACUCAUUGGCCCACUACCAGGUGACUGAUGGUUCUUUAGUAGCACUGGUGCCCAAACAAGUGUCUGCCUAUAACAUGGCCAACUCGUUCACCUUCACCCGGUCACUUAGUCGCUACGAGAGCUUGCUCCGUGCUGCCAGCAGCCCGGAUAGCCUCCGUUCCCGAGCACCUAUGCUCACGCCUGACCAGGAGGCAGGUACCAAGCUGUGGCACCUGGUGAGGAACCACGACCACACUGAUCACCGAGAAGGAGACCGCGGCAGCAAGAUGGUCUCAGAAAUAUAUCUCACAAGGCUGCUGGCCACCAAGGGCACGUUGCAGAAGUUUGUAGAUGACUUGUUUGAAACUGUGUUCAGUACAGCCCACCGGGGCUCAGCCUUACCCUUGGCCAUCAAGUACAUGUUUGACUUCCUGGAUGAACAGGCUGACCAGCGCCAGAUCAGUGACCCUGAUGUGCGUCACACCUGGAAGAGCAACUGCUUACCUCUGCGUUUCUGGGUGAAUGUGAUCAAGAAUCCGCAAUUUGUGUUUGACAUCCAUAAGAAUAGCAUCACAGACGCCUGUUUGUCAGUGGUGGCCCAGACCUUCAUGGACUCCUGUUCUACAUCAGAGCACCGCCUGGGCAAGGACUCACCUUCCAACAAGCUCCUCUAUGCCAAGGAUAUUCCCAAUUACAAGAGCUGGGUGGAGAGGUACUAUCGAGAUAUCGCAAAGAUGGCAUCCAUCAGUGACCAGGACAUGGACGCCUACUUAGUGGAGCAGUCCCGCCUCCAUGCUAAUGACUUCAAUGUCCUAAGUGCACUCAGCGAGCUCUACUUCUAUGUCACCAAGUACCGUCAGGAGAUCCUCACCUCGCUGGACCGAGAUGCCUCUUGUCGGAAGCACAAGCUUCGACAGAAGCUGGAGCAGAUCAUCACCCUGGUGUCCAGCAGCAGCUGAGUGGGGAGAUGGUGAGGAGGGGGCUUCUUGCUUCUGAGCCAUCCUCCCAGUCAGGGGAGUGUCUGGCUCUAGCCUGGGUCUCCAGGGCUGAGAUCCAGAGCUGGUGGUGUUGGGGAGGUUACCAAGCCAAGAUGCCCCAUCACACCUGGGCCCCCUUCAUUAGUGCCUUGCUUUGGGCCCUGCAGGGGGAGGGGAUGACAGGACCAAGCUUCCCCCACUAGCAGCAGCAAUAUCCCCACCCUCUUGCCCUGGUGUUCCCAUGUCAGAAGAGCCCUUGCCCUCCUUGCUCUGACAUCCUACCCACCUAUUUAUUAAUGUAAUUCCACUUUAAUUUCCAUAUGUAAAUAUAUAUGCCCCAUGGGAUGUUACUAGCCUCACAGACCUCUUCUUUGGUUGAUCUGGGUCCUGUUUCCUGUUCUGGUUCCUUUGUGACACUGCAAGCCUUGGCUCAGCCUCUGGCGUCUCACAUUUGCUGUGUCAGGCCCCACUUGUCCUAAGAAGAGAUCCUCAGUACCAGCAGCAUUUGGGGUUGGAUGAUGCAUCUGAAGCUGCCCUCAGAUUGGCCAGGCCAGGCCAGGCCAGGGCAAUAUCCCUCUUCAGAUAUCUCAGGAGUCAGACCACAUUUUCAUGGGGCCUGUUGUCUCUGAGAGAACUAUAACCAGGCUGUGAUUGGGCCUGAUGAGGGCCUGGGCCUCUGGGACAUUCCUCACGUCCCUACUGCCAAAUUUCCUCAGUGUUGUAGGCACUUGCCCUGAACUCUCUCAGCCUCAGCUGCCCUAUCACAUGCCCAUCCUUAAGGGCCAAGGUGGCAGUGCCUUACUGUUUUGUGUUUCCUGCUUCCCCUGAGGAAUCUGGCCCUGUCUAAUGGUCCCAGACCCCCAGUCCGCUCUCCUUCUGUUGCAUGAGUUUUUCUUCGUUGUUGUAAUUUUUUCCUAAUUAAAUGUUGGGAAAUGGGGUCAGUGCAUGUCUUUGUCUUUGGAGAAAGUGGGUAGACCUGUUGGGCUAUGGAUGAACUAGAUUCCCACUGAGGGGAAAAAUGUAACUCACGAAGACUUCUGAUGAUUUGAGGAAGGCCAUGUAUAGUCCAUUAGACAAUCCUUGUGGCUCUAGUUUCAAGACUGAAUAAAUCUGCUUCCUUCUCCUUGCA